AUGACCGAAGUCGGGGAAGUGGCAGAACGCUUAACACUGCCUUCAGGGCUGGUCUUACAGAACAGACUGGUCAAGGCGGCCAUGGCCGAGAAGCUUGCAAAGAAUGGACAAGUCAGUGAGCAGCUCGAAAAACCAUACCAGCAGUGGGGACGAGGCGGAUGGGGAGCGAUCAUGACCGGAAACGUGAUGGUCGAUGAAAGAUACAUGGGUUCACCACAAGACGCCGCUGUCCACCUAGGAACCAACGCGGAGACUGAGAAGUGGCGAAGAAUUGCCCGCGCCAUCAAAGCUCAAGGUGCACUCGCUAUCAUGCAAAUCAACCACCCCGGACGUCAGUCUCCUGUUGGCGCAGGAUCCCGUGGAUUCUUGGAUAAAAACAUAGCCCCUAGUGCGGUACCACUCAAUUUUGGGCAAAGUGUUGUCGUGAAGACACUGGUGAAGCUGCUAUUUGGAACUCCUGCCGAGAUGUCUACCACACAGAUCCAGACGGUAAUCAAUCAGUUCGUGGAUGCUGCCAAGUUAGCUCAGCAGACUGGCUUCGAUGGUGUUACCAUUCAUGCAGCACACGGAUACCUUCUCAGCGAUUUCCUCUCGCCCAAAUCAAACACCAGAACAGAUGCUUACGGUGGUACACCGGAGAAAAGAGCAAAGAUCAUCGUGGACAUCAUCAGGGCCACCCGAGAGAGUUUAGGGGCGAAGUUCAGCAUCAGUGUCAAGAUGAACUCGUCUGAUCAACAGUACGAUGUCGAGUCUGAUGCAGUUUUAAGACAGAUUGACGUACUUGUCGCUCAGGACAUCGAUUUUCUUGAGGUUAGUGGAGGAUCGUAUGAGAACCCAAGGAUGAUUGGGGGUGAUGAGCUACCAGCCAAAUCAGAACGGACACAAAGGCGAGAAGCCUUCUUUCUCGAUUUCGCGCUUGCAGUCCGCGAAAGACAUCCUACGCUCUGUCUCAUGCUUACGGGCGGAUUCCGCACGCGAGCCGCCAUGAACUCCGCACUGAAUUCAAAAGGCUGCGAUAUGAUUGGCAUUGGAAGACCAGCUGUCCCAGUUCCAGACUUUCCUCGCUCAGUGAUUGGUAUUGGUGCCAGUAAGGAGAUUAGUGAAGCAGAAGCUGGUUUGCAACUUCAAAAAGUCAAGGAGCCUUGGUUACUAAAGCAUCUGCCGUUUCCCCAACUGCAAAGAACUUUGGCAGGAGGUGCUGAGACAGGUCACUAUAGUGCAAAAAUCGGACAGAUGGGCAGCGCAUAG